ACAGCACCCUUCGGCCUCCCUCCAUGGACUUGAGAUGGCCUCGGAGCUGGCCAUGAGCGGCGAGCUGCCCACCAGCCCCCUCGCCAUCGAGUACGUCAACGACUUCGACCUGAUGAAGUUCGAGGUGAAGAAGGAGCCGGCGGAGGCCGAGAGGCUGUGCCACCGCCUGCCCGCCGGCUCGCUGUCCUCCACGCCGCUCAGCACCCCUUGCUCCUCCGUGCCUUCGUCGCCCAGCUUCUGCGCCCCUAGCCCCGGGGGCCAACCCGCGGCCGGGCCCCCAGCGGCCUCCCUGGGCUCCAAGCCGCAGCUGGAGGAGCUCUACUGGAUGUCGGGCUACCAGCACCACCUGAACCCCGAGGCCCUCAACCUGACGCCGGAGGACGCGGUGGAGGCGCUGAUCGGCGCCCCGCACCACCACCAGCACCACCACCACCCGCCGCAGGGCUACGAGGCGUUCCGACCCCCCCCUUUCGGCGGCGAGGAGCUGCCCCCGGGCUCGUCCCACCACCACCACCAUCACCACCACCACCACCACCUGCGCCUGGAGGAGCGCUUCUCCGACGACCAGCUGGUGAGCAUGUCGGUGCGGGAGCUCAACCGGCAGCUGCGGGGCUUCAGCAAGGAGGAGGUGAUCCGCCUCAAGCAGAAGAGGAGGACCUUGAAGAACCGCGGCUACGCUCAGUCCUGCCGCUACAAGCGGGUCCAGCAGCGGCACAUCCUGGAGAACGAGAAGUGCCAGCUCCAGGGGCAGGUGGAGCAGCUCAAGCAGGAGGUGGCCCGCUUGGCCAAGGAGCGGGAUCUGUACAAAGAGAAGUACGAGAAGCUGGCGGCCCGGGGCUUCCCCCGGGAGCCCUCCCCGGCAGCCGCCCCCAAAGCCGCCGCCGACUUCUUCAUGUGA